UUUGCUGGAAAAAAGAGUAUUAUAUGCUAUAUUUUAGAGUUGUUUCUUUAAAGAUUUUCUAAAUUUAAAAUGGUGUUUUUUUAAAGAAACUAAUGUAUUUAAUUCUAACAUUCAGCCUCGCCCUCUGGAUCUCAAUCCCGCAAAAAACGACCUACUUUAAGAGAAACUUUCCUUGAUAUGUUCAUACAUCAUUAUUCACUUGAUGGCAAUCCUCUGCAACCAACUGAUGCUCCUCUUCUCCACAGGUUUUUGUUAAAAGCUGAGAAUCAGACUGUUCCGCUGUGCUUUGAUGUCAGUGGUGCUCUCAGCCUUAAACUUCUUCAUCAUCCCAGCAGGGAGCUGUUUGUGAAUGGUGAGCUUGAUUCAGUUGCAAACGGAGGUUUCAAGAGAAUUUUCAUACACUUCAAAACUACCCAGCAUUUCGAGAUUGACACCAAAGGGGUCACUGUACGAGAUGGACAGACAGAAACACAUCACACUGGACAAGAUCUGGUCACUGCUGGAAGUGUCGCAAUGAUUAUGCGCAACAAUGAAAUAGAUAUUGCAGCAGGAGACAUGCGCCUGGUUAUUUUAGUUCAUAAGAAGAACAGCAUUAAAUUCCUUUGGCCAGUUUUAAGACAGCAUCCUUCAGCCAACAACACUGAUGGACUUUUAGCUCUAAAGUCAGCAGUUUAUGAGGAGGUACAACAAGUUGUGGCUACAAAACUAAAGAUUAAAAACCAGGAGAUCAAUGUUACUAGCGGCAAUGCCAAUGACUAUAGCAUUGCCUCUCCUCUCAUGAUGAACUGCGGGCUCACAUCUGCUGAGUCUGCCUUGCAGAGACCAUUGGCCGAUUUCAUUGUUCCACAACUUUAACUGGAAAAAGUGAAAC